CCAAAACCUACCUACCACUCUCAGCACUUCAGCGAGCUUUCCCCACAAGAAAACUCACCUUUUGUGCGAUGAGUAGCUCUGCAUGUUGCCAGACGAAGUUUGCCUUGCAGUACUUUUGAUAUUUUUCCGCCCCUAGCUCGCGCCUCUGUUCUUUUGCAACGCUCUCCAUUUCUCUUCUCUACUGUGGCAAUGCUGGGCCAUCUUGACGCCGCCAUCAACUAUCAAAGCUCUGAAUUGGUGUUAUCAUGGCGAACUUCCGUCCGCUCCAGCCUGCCCCAACGGAUCAAGAACAGCCUCCUCCUCCUCCACUACCACCCAUUAAACCCCUCACGCAGAAACCUAAGCGAACGGUUACACUCGGAGCUUGUGUUGCAUGUCGCAAACGCAAAUCGAAGUGUGAUGGUGUCCGUCCUAUCUGCUCAUGCUGUUCCCAAAAGAACACAGAAUGCGUUUAUGAGCUCGGCCCAAAUGAAAAGCCUUCACAGGCGAUGAAACGCAAGAACGAGGAAAUGCAGGGAGAACUCUCAAACCUACGCCAGCUCUAUGACUUCCUUCGCCUACGUCCAGAGCCAGAAGCCCUGGAAAUUCUGAGGCGGAUCCGCGAUAACCCCCAGGACACAACGCCUUCUCAGCGCAUCCAAGACCUAGCCGACUUCGUUAAACAUAGAGACGCCCUGAUUCACGCUUCUUAUCAAAUUCCAGGUAGGCAUCAGUCUGAGUCCGGCCAUCCUUUAACGCUGCCACCUCUCCGACUAGCCUUGGACUCUCCUAGACCUAGUGCAAGCAACUUUUCUGCUGGCCUACCCUUUCCUGGCCCGUUUCCUACGGGACCGGAUGGCCCAGCGAGUCAAAGACGAAGACUUGCAUCAGAUACAGAUGUGUCUGCUAGUCCGAGUCCUCUUCCUCCUCCAUCAAUCGAGGUGAUACUACAUCCGACUUGGCCCGCAGUAAUGGACUGUUCAUUAGACCCUAGGCUCCGCGCAACGGGGAACUGGACGAAGGUGACCAAUGACACUCAUUUCCUCGUCCUCCUUAUGUCCGCGUGGCAUACGUGGGAGUACCGCUUUUACCAUUUUCUAGACUGGGACCUGUUUCUGGACGACUUAUCCACCGGGCGGACAGAUUUCUGUUCUGAGCUCCUAGUCAAUGCAGUCCUCGCUACUGCAAGCUUCCAGUCUCCUCUCAUCGAAGAUCGAUCGAAGCCGUUUUCGGACAAUAUCCAAACUCAGUUCUAUCAAGAGGCUAGGCGGCUGUGGGAGUUUGGAGAAGGGCAAGACAGUCUUCCGAGGCUCUCUUCUGCCUUAUGUCUCUUCAUGGUGCUGGGUAAGCAUGGCCGAGACAAGGUUGGCCAUGCCUUUCUCCUAGAGGCCUGUCGAAUGGCUCACAGUCUUGGGUUGUUCCGCUUAUCUCAAGGGUCCAUGCAGAAGCCACAACACGUGCCAAAGGAGAAGUGGGGGAGGGCUCGUGCUGUUACUGGCUGGGCAUUGUUUAAUUUCCAACUGCUUAUGUCCUUUACAUACCCGUUUCCUACGAUACUCAAAUCUCAGCCGCCAACUGGAAUUCCAUAUGAUGAUACUCCGGACAGAGAAGCACUUUUUCGUUCCGAGUGUGCCCGCAAUGUUAUUAUUCUCGAAUGCGCCAAUACCUCACUGGAUCCGGACGAUCCAACCGCCAUCCCUCCAAGACCAGAAGAGAUUGAAGACCUGUACUUGAAAUUGAAGUCGUGGUGGGGCACACGACCAGAAAGCCUUAAUCCCACCAAAUUUCCUUCACCCGAACACCUUCUUGCAGCGAUGCAAUAUCAUGUUUCCAUCAUCCGAUUAUUCCAACCCUUCCUCCACCGCGACAGCGUCAACGAGCCAGUGGGGUUAUACCGCGACCGCGCACACUCAAUCACAUCUAGCGCAAUCAAGGAGCUCCGGCGCCUACUCGUACUCCACGAGACCCAACACGGUUGGGUAAACGCAAUCCCAUACGUUCUCCAUCCCAUCAUGGUAACCAGCUUUGGUUCACUAGAAGAAGUGGCAUUCGAAGGCGACUCGCGUCUCUCUCCAGAAGCGAACGAGCCUUAUCAGGGCCUUUUGACUUGUUUACGGGCACUCAGAACCCUCUCCGGCUACGUCUUCUACGCUCAGCCUCUCUUUAGGCUACUCACGCAAACUUGCCAAACGUUGCAGAUACCGCUGCCUAUGGAGGUGAUUACUACGCUUAAUUACUACCAGAGCGAGGAGUGGACGAAAAAUGCAGCGAGUGUGGUGCGCUCUCGGUAUGUUGCGGAUAUGCGGAAGCCAGCGGCAGACGUUGAGAGUGCGACGAUGGAUGCUAUUAUCUCGGGGUGGGAUGCUCUGACAGUUACGCAUGAAGGCUCCGGCUCCGGCAAGAACAAAUCAGACUUGGGGAGCGCUUGAAGAGGGUCGGCCGUUUGGAUAGGGGCAAACUCCGACGUCGAUUUGGGUGCCGUGGCCCCCAGCUCCCUCACCUCUCGCUCGGAAGCUUCGGCAAGCUUGGAGUGAUUUCGACCUUCGGAGAUUUCC